AUGGGGCAAAUAAUAUCAACUUUCUCGACUGGAAAGAUCCCUUAUGUAGUGAGGCUUAAUCCAGAUAAACAAAAUGUAUUGUUAGCAGGAACGAGUGAUAAGAAGAUUGUGCAGUGGGAUAUUAAUACAGUGUGGGAGUUUGGGAUUCUGGUGGUUAUGAAGUAUGUUAGUGGGGAAGGUGUUGCAAAGUGUUUAGGACUUUCAAGUGUCAUGAGGGAAGGUGUUGGUUUUGGGAUGACUAUCAAGAGAGUGUUGAACUGCUUGGGUGACAUUCAACCUUCAUGUUCGACCGGGGGAAACGACAAGGGUUUCCUACCAUGGGUUCGACACCACACGCCGAUCAUGGGAGCACAUCGGUUUCGAGGGCGAAGCCUUCCGAACCGAAGGAGAAUGCUUGGCAUGGCUAACGCACACUUGUCACUCCUCAUCCACAUGUGCAUCUUUCAAUUAGACCGUGUAUGGGACAACAUAGAAUGGAAAUAUAAGUUUUAUCGCAUCAACCAGUGUUUAAGAAGUCGUUGUGCGCCCGCUAGGCGCUCAACCAACGCCUAG